GGCUUCUUGUAGCGUUUCAAUACGUAUUUCCGUUUCCACCGCUUCCUUCUCUUCCGGUCUCGGGAGACCUCCUCUGUUGAGCGUUUGAAAGUACCGGGUCCGGUGGCCGUGGUGGUGGUGAAGGCGGCGGGCGCCAUGGCGAUGUUUGAGCAGAUGAGAGCGAACGUGGGCAAGUUGCUCAAGGGGAUCGACAGGUACAAUCCCGAGAACCUGGCCACCCUGGAGCGCUACGUGGAGACACAGGCCAAGGAGAACGCCUACGACCUGGAGGCCAAUCUCGCCGUCCUGAAGCUGUAUCAGUUCAACCCAGCCUUCUUCCAGACCACGGUCACGGCCCAGAUCCUGCUGAAGGCCCUCACCAACCUGCCCCACACUGACUUCACCCUGUGCAAGUGCAUGAUCGACCAGGCCCAUCAAGAAGAGCGGCCAAUCCGGCAGAUCCUGUACCUUGGAGACCUGCUGGAGACCUGUCACUUCCAGGCCUUCUGGCAAGCCCUGGAAGAGAACAUGGACCUCCUGGAAGGAAUCACCGGUUUUGAAGACUCUGUCCGCAAAUUCAUCUGCCACGUCGUGGGCAUCACUUACCAGCACAUUGACCGCUGGCUGCUGUCUGAGAUGCUCGGGGACCUGAAUGACAGUCAGCUGAAAAUGUGGAUGAGUAAAUACGGCUGGAGUGCCGACGAGUCGGGCCAGAUCUUCAUCUGCAGCCAGGAGGAGAGCAUCAAGCCCAAGAACAUUGUGGAGAAGAUAGACUUUGACAGCGUGUCCAGCAUCAUGGCCUCCUCCCAGUGACUGGCAGCCCCCUAAUAAAGACCUGUCGACUUA